AUGGACACUGGUGUUGCUAUUGCAAUUGCACUGGCUACUAUUGGAGGUCUGUGUUGUCUUGCACUGCUUGUCCUCCAGAUCAUUGUUCACCGCAGGCGCUGUCAAAAGCUGCAUAUGUACAUGCCUUCGCGUAAACUAUCGCUGGCCAGUCUGGAUUCCAUCGCACUGGCCAAUAUGUCCAGAUCCAGGCCAUGUAGUGGACUUUACAAUGCAGGAAUGGAUCCCUCGGAUCAUGCUGAACUGUCACACCCACUGGAUUACCAAGGACUGAAAAACAUGUGCAGUGAUAUAGAAAGAAUCUAUGAUGAGUUUCAGCUGCUUCCAAAUGUCACUCCCAAACAUUCGGACUUACCAAUGGGAGUGGAAGAAAAAAACAGGUUCAUUGAUGUGCUUCCAACACCUGAAACAAGAGUAAAACUUAAAACGAUACCAGGUGAAGAAAACUCGGACUAUAUCAACGCUAAUUUUAUAUCGCAUAAACACAGUUUUUUUUCCCUGAGUUCACCCCCAAGUCAAAUUAUUAAAAUUGUCACUAUCUAG